UUUUCCUCCAUAGCAUGCCCUUUACAAUGCAGAGAUCUGGAGCUGAUCUCAACUAUGACCACAUUCACAGUUUUCUGCUUGUUUUGCUAAUAACCCAACUUGGUGUCAUUACAGGCCAUGGCAUCUGUUCAUGCGGCCGAUGUGUUUGCCAGGAAGGGUGGUUUGGAAAGUUGUGCCAGUAUUCAAGGAAGUGCAACAUGACAGAAGAGGAGAGCAGAAGUCUCUGCGAGUCUGCGGAUGGUGUAUUAUGUUCAGGAAAGGGUUCCUGCCACUGUGGAAAGUGCAUCUGUUCACCACAGGAAUGGUACAUUUCAGGUGAUUUUUGUGAAUGUGAUGACAGAGACUGCGACAAACACGAUGGUCUCAUUUGCACAGGUGCAGUACAGGCUAACUCUUAAUUGCUCUAAGAAACA